AUGCAUUGUGAACAAUCUCCUUUUCAGAAAUAUUUUCCGUCGUCGUCUCGCGACAAGCUUGCCGACUUGAAGUCAACGGUUGAUUUGCUUACAUCGAUUACGUUCUUUCGAAUGAAAGUGUUGGAAUUGGCCAGUCCACCACGUGCCUCGAAUGUUGUGCGCGAAUGUGCGAAAGCUUGUAUGCAGGUUCGUUUUUUUUGCUUUUUGGUGUCAAUUCAGAGUUUGCUUCUUUUUUUUCAGACGACGGAUCAGCUACUUUUCAAUCACCAAUUCAAGCGUUUUGCACAAAUUUUCAAAAAGCUGCUGAAAAAAUUUCAUUCAUAUUGCUAUAUAGAACAGGAUUUCCCAAAAAAUAUCUAA